AAACAUGGUUUCUAAAUUCACUUUUAAAUUUCCGGGCUUAAGUGCAUUUAUUUUAAUUGAAUUGAUGAAUUUAUAAUAUUGAAUAAAUAAUGUUUAAUUAAUAAAAAGCUAUUAAAGCAGAUAUCUCUGUGAUUAAGUUGAUAAUAUUUGAAGGUCAAAUUAUAGAUAAUAUUUUAACAUAGGUAUAAAAUCUGAUUUUAAUUCUAAAAUUAAUAUUUAUUUAAAAUGGCAAGUACUGAUAUUGUUGUUGUUGGUUCUUGUAUGAUUGAUUUUGUAAGUUAUACAUCGAGGCUUCCCAAAGUAGGGGAGACAAUACAUGGCAGUAAGUUUGUAACGAAUUUUGGCGGCAAGGGGGCAAACCAAUGUGUCGCUGCGGCCAAACUAGGUGGAAAAACCACUUUAGUAGCUAGAGUGGGAGAUGACAUAUGGGGUGAGAAAUACAUAGAAAACCUUAAAAGAGAGAAUGUUAACACAGAGUUCAUAAAAAAAACUGACAACUCUACAAGUGGCAUUGCCCAAAUAAUAGUAUCGGAAGCUGGAGAGAACCAAAUAGUCAUCGUAGCAGGGGCAAACGCAAAACUAAACGCAAAUGACGUCAUCUCUGCCAAAAGUGCGAUAGAAAGAGCUUCAGUUGUUAUCCUACAGCUUGAAACUUCCGUUGAAGUUGCCAUAAAAACCCUGGAACUUUCAAAAGGGAUUUCCAUAUUAAACGGAGCGCCAGCUUUAAGUACUUAUGAUUUAAAACUAUUAACUUUACCAACUAUAUUUUGCGUAAAUGAGACUGAAGCUGCCAUUUUUACAGGGUUAUCUUCAGUAAAUAAUGUUAGUGAAGCUGAAACAGCUGCAAGACACUUAAUAGGCAAAGGUUGUAACAGCGUACUUAUAACUUUGGGGCCACAGGGCGCCAUCUACUUAAAUAAAGACGACCACAAGUUGUUGCAUGUUUCUAGUCCGAAAGUACAAAGUGUAGAUACCACAGGAGCUGGUGAUGCUUUCAUUGGUGCCCUAGCUUUUGUUCUGGCCAAUCAAAAGGGGGUUACCAUGGAGAUGGCAAUGAAAAUUGCCUGUCAUGUAGCAGCUGAUAGUGUUACAAGAGCUGGUACCCAAAUAAGUUUUCCAAAUGCUAAAAUAUUGCCCAAUAUUAAAUAA